AUGAGCAACACACCAAGCAAGACGGUUCUCACCACUCGAGCGCCUAUGCCGGCUUUUGGUACGUUUGGUGCCCACCAGGGAUCUGCUUCACUACUUCUGGAACGAUCGAAUCCGGACCUGCGUAGAUCGACUCCGGACUCGGAGGUUUUGGCAUCAUCUGACGACGAACCAGAUCACACAAAGGCAGUCGCUACCAGCAACGCUAGACCAGGCAAACCAGGAAGACGGACUUCUUGGCUGACAGACGUUUCCGCGGCCAACGUGAACCGUAAGCCAUCAAUCACUGGUCCGUAUAGCCCUUCUACCUCGCAUCCUGGUACUCCUGGUGCAGAAAACUCUCCUUGGUCUAACCCCAACACUUCUGGUUCUGCAGCAUGGCCUAACCCGGCGACCUCUUAUCCAUGGAACACGAUCUGGAACCAGGACGGCCGCAAGGACCCGCCGACGAGGCUUCAAGAGGUAGUUUCUGCAAAUGGUGACACUGGUAUCCCGUUUUCGAUUCCCCUGGAGCCCAGCUUCAAGACGCACCGCUCUCUAUCAUACUCUGUGGGACAAAUCGAUACCACCAAUGCUCCGCCAUCUAACCCGAUCUCGACGUCCGUCGAAGCCACGCGCAGCAGACUAGGAAGUCAGUAUCCUGGGGUCCAGAGACGCACCUCAAGACCCGGUGGGCUGGGUGGGAUUGAAUCCAGUGGACUCGGCCGUGUGCGCGAGGUAGAAGACGACGAGGAAUAUCAGCGAGCCGAUGCCAUGCGCAACGCACUCUCCAUCGGACAGACCCACAUGAUGCAGAGGUUGGUACUAGAGAACCACCAACUUCGUGAGGAAAUUAAGAAUCGCGAUAGGGCUCUCCCGAGCAUCGCUCCGACACUUCCUGCCCAGCCGCCUGGGUUUCAAAACACGCGUCUUCGAAAUGCAGUACCCGAGGAAUCAGAGACGGCGAUUGAUGACAGAGAUGAUGUAGCAGCCCUCGGGGGGUUUCCAGGCCGAGACAAUAAUCCUCGCCGCAUGAGUGAACAGACUCUCUCGAUCGCCGAUAGGCAGUCACUGUCACCUACCGAGAACCGUGCUUUCGACAGCAUGAAGAAGGCACAUUGGCAGACAUCCCUUGGGUUUGGCCCUAUCCCAGAAGCUCCGCAAAGCCGGCGCCAUUCUUUUGCUGAUGUCCCCACCCGUCACGGGUCCUUCAGCUCAACCGGUGAGCGUCUACAAGGCGUCCAUCUCCGAUUGCUAGAAACUGAUCGAUUAGGUCGCGACGAAGAGGUGACAGCGUAUGAAAGUGGUUCCCAGGCGUUAUCCCAAGGAGACGAUCGUAAGUUGGCCCUUGCCCUGACCCUGAUGCAUCCGAACGAGGACGAGAUGAGGAUUUUGUACUUACGUCUUCGUCGCUAUGCAGCGGAGUACUUCAACACCAACGAAUCUACCCGACGUCGUGCCGAUGACCGAGUCCACCAACAACAUCGCGAACCCCAGCUCUACGGCCAACACUUCGGCGUCGGUCCCUAUCUCGAGCCCGCCGCGCAGCCGCUCUUCAUCGUCAACUUCAAAUGUUGUCGCUCCGAAGUGUUCUACAUCCAAGAAGGAACCGGCCUACAUGUCAACGUUGGCGAUCUAGUCAUUGUCGAAGCGGACAGAGGCACCGACUUGGGUACAGUUCAGCAUACUAAUGUCACGUGGGAGGACGCUCGGCGCUACAAAGAUCACUAUGCGGAAGAGCAUUACAAAUGGUUAAUGAUGUUUUCUUUGCAGAGCCGCAAUGGAGGCCCUAAUGUCGUCAACCCAAACGGCGCCCCAGGCAGUCGUGGCAGCGCCGUUGGGGGCAUGGGACCCCAAGGCCACCACGGUGGCCACGACUCAUCUGGCCCCGACUUGAAGCCCAAGAUGAUCAAACGACUGGCCCAGAAUCACGAGAUUCAAGCAUUGAAAGACAAAGAAGGCAAUGAAGCGAAAGCCAAGCGAGUCUGUCAGCAGAAGGUCCUCGAGCAUCGUUUGAACAUGGAGAUCCUCGACGCAGAAUUCCAAAUGGACAGCAAGAAGCUUACAUUCUACUACUUCGCUGACAACUACAUCAACUUCAAUCAUCUUGUCACAGAUCUUUUCAAGAUCUACAAGACUCGUAUCUGGAUGUCGGCCAUAAAUCCUGCUUCAUUUCAAACCCCUACAGCUUCUCUCGGCAUCCAGCCGCUCUAUGCCGCUGCUCCUGGUGAUGAGCGCCAUCAGAGACGACAGCAGCAGAGACACCAGACACACCUCAGCUCACAGGCAGUCACGACUCCAUUUGGAGAUACGUUCGACGCCGAUCGGAAGUACAACAAUAGCCAGAACACCGGAAUGCGCAAUGCUUUCUACAAUCAGUUCCAAGACGUUGGGGCCGGCUCUCAACAACUGCAACCUCCUGUCCCGACAUUUGCACCGAACAUGCCAACCCAGAUGGAUCCUUUCAUGUCCUACUAUGCUCAGCCAUAUCCAACACUGAACCCCAAUGCUCCCAAUUUCGCCAGUAAUCGAUCUGACUACAGAGGACGAGCUCCCAACCAAGUGCAUGAUCCCAACUGGAUGGGUCGCUUCCAGGGGCUUUCACUCGGCUCUUGA